UUUAGAUAUCAUUGUGACUUUAUUGAGGAAUGAGUGCCUGAACAAUACUUGCACCACAAUGGGGACUCCUGAAGAAUCCCCCUUAAAAAAAGAUGCAAAGGUGAAAAAGAAAAGCUUAAGGGAAAAAAUAGCAUAUAUUCGAGAGAAUAUUACAUUAGAACCAGUUUUGAUAAGUUACGUUGUACCUGGAUCACUUGCAAGGCUUGCGACGCAGAAUUUAAAUUUGGAUAAAGCGUGUCGAGUUAAUCUCCAAUAUGGCGAUUCUAUAUGUGAUGCGUUGAUAGCACAAAAAGGAUCGUAUCCCAAAGAAGAGCUUGCAGUUCAGCAGCUUGUGGCUUCUAUGGAAGUUUGGAAGAACAUAUUGUUAACAGCUAUACCAAGUCUUUUAAUUCUCUUUCUAGGAGCUUGGAGCGAUCGAACUGGCAAGAGAAAAAUAUGCAUACUCAUGCCUAUAGUUGGAGAUCUACUGAUGAUAAUUAGUAAUCUUCUAAACACAUAUUACUUCUAUGAGUUACCGGUACAAGUGACUAUGUUUUUUGAAGCCUUUUUUCCUGCUAUAACUGGUGGAUGGAUUGCUACAUACAUGGGAGCGUUUUGCUAUAUCAGUGAAAUAUCUAGUGAAGAAUCUAGGACGUUCAGGGUCGGUGUUGCAAAUCUUUGUUUGACAGCUGGCUCUCCUAUUGGCCAUGCUCUCAGUGGUAUAUUAUUGAAACACGUUGGCUAUUAUGGUGUUUUUUCUUUUAGUUCGAUAUUGUAUGUGUUUAGCUUAUGUCAUGGGUUUAUUUACUUGAAGGAUCCUGAAAGGCCUAAAAUUGAAACAAAUAAGGAACACAAAGGAAUUCUUAACUUUUUAAAAUCAUUUUUCGAUAUGCAGCAUGUGACAGAUACACUAAAAGUUGUUUUUAAGAAGGGUCCUAAUCGACGAAGAACUAAGUCUAUUUUAAUAUUGGCAUCAAUUGCGUUUAUUUAUGGUCCACAGUACGGUGAAUUCACCGUAAGGUAUCUUUUCACUCGAUACCGUUUUAACUGGGAUGCAAUUAAAUACAGUAUCUACAACACAUUCUACAUCUGUAUUCAUACUCUUGGUGCAUUUGUUUCUGUCAGUCUAUUUAGUCGGAAGUGGAAAUGGUCAGAUGCAACUUUGGGUAUAAUAUCUGCUAUUAGUAAAAUAAUCGGCGGCUUGGCAACCAGUCAAGCUCGAAAUUCAUUGGAGAUGUAUCUUGCGGUAGCAGUUGAGACAUUGAAUGCGACAUCGUUUACUGCACUUCGUUCUAUAUCUUCUAAACUUGCGACAAGUGAUGAACUGGGAAAGAUGACUUCAGUCUUCAACUUGGCUGAGGUGAUGACGUCAAUGAUUUUUGGACCAAUAUACUCCUGGACUUACAUGAUGACGGUCAAGGUGGAUGCUGGAGCUGUGUACUACGUCAGCACUAUAUUAACGAUACCGGCCAUUACAAUAUUUAUAUGGUUCUACUUUCAAGAAAAGAAGCAUAUUCGAAGACAGAACUUAUAUACGGACUCUAAAGAUCAUAAAAACGGCACAACUAUUGAGUUGUCCACAGUGAGAAAAGAAUCAUUAAUAGGUAGCAUAGACUUAGCAGAUGGAAACAUUAUUAUAGAAUAAAAACUAUAAAAAAUA